UAGCGAGGAUGUCCACAGCCCGAUUCACCCGCGCUAUUGUCCGCCAGAUUCCCGACUCCAUUCGGGACCACUCGGAGGCCCACAAAUAUAAUGCAAAACACGGCCUUCCACCAGUGGAGCCGAUAGACCUGGAACAAGCACGCGAAGACCACGCGAUUUACACACAGACCCUGCGGGACCUGGGACUGGACGUGACCGUGUUACCAGCAGAUGAGUCUCUGCCAGACUGCCCGUUCGUGGAGGACACCUGUGUGAUAGCCGGCAACAGGGCACUGCUGACUCGGCCGUUUUCAGAGACUAGAAGGGGAGAGGUCGCCGCUGUGAAGGAAGCAUUGAUCAAUCUUGGACUGGAGGUACAUCAAGUCGAUGAUGACGUCAUUCUGGAGGGCGGUGCCGUUCUUUUCACUGGACACGAGUUCUUCGUCAGCGACUCGCCGGUGUGCGAUGUCAAGCCUGGUGCCGAGUUCAUGCGGAAGACGUUCCCGGAGUAUCCGGUACACGUUAUCCCCCUGGCCGAGCCCGAGUACCACCUGAAGGCGGUCGUCUGUAUGGCAGCGCCGGGAGUCAUGGCUGUGUGUAAGAACCGAUGGGGCAAAAUCGCGUGGCAGGCUAUCCAGGAAAAGUCUGAGUUCACUUAUGAAGCCAUUUGGACACCAAACCGUCGAUUCAUCGAUGACCACACCUGCAACGUCAUCUAUUUCAACGGGAACCUCAUCCACUGUACGAGGGAAGAUGGGCCUAGGAGUGUGAAGAUUUUUGCUUCGAAGUUACCCCAGCUGAACCGAGUGCAGGCGACUGUUGGUGAGCUGAUGAACGUUGACUCUGGGCUGUCCUGCUGCUCCCUCAUAUUCUAACCAUUAAAGUCAUCCAAUGCAGUUUAGGGCUUGGGACCCCGAUUUUUCAAAGUCAAUAUUCUAGUUGUUUAUCUACAUACUGAGUUGAAGCCACA